AUGCUUAAUUCGAUAGAGUGUUUUAUUGAAGUACUUCAAUUACAAUAACCUUGCGAUGGUCUUGUUUCAGAAGUGUAACAAUUCUUAGAUUUCGAUAUGAACAAGGUGUUACAGCAAGACCAGAGGAAGAUAGUGCAAGACCCCAUAUUGCUAAUCAAUUGGUUCAAUUAAAUAGAAGAUCAUUUAUCAAUAAAAUAAGAUGAAAAUGACAUAUACAUUACGCCUAUGAUAUAAGUUCAGGUGAUGUUGAUCAAUUCCUUCAUUUACAUUUCAAACUAAAAUUUACUCUAAGAAUACUUUUAUCUAUUUGAAGUCUUAUAAAAAAAAAUACUGUACCUAAAAAUAUAUUAACCAAACGAAUUGACAUUAACUGCUCUAGAACAAUGCUACAAAUUUGAAUAGUGCAUAGAUUGUAACAAAAUCUCAUAAAUUAGCAUGCUGCUUUACAAAAUUAAUUAAUUCAAUUCAAGUGAAAAAAUAGAUCAAUUUUAUCAAUACAUUAUUAAAUUCGACUAAAAAAAACAUAAAUUAGUCGAUUCCUAAGCAAACCUAAUAAUAUACUCCUACUACUUAAUCUUGCAAUAAUGCUGUCAAUUGGUUGAGGAGAACAAGAAUCUUGAAACUGUUAUAUCAGUUUGUCUUAACAUCAAAGAGGAACUCAAGAAAUCGGAUCAGAAUUACCUCAACCAAUGCAAUCAAUGUAUCUUACUAUCGUACUAUAAAUUAAAUAAAAUAACUGAUUUCAUUCAAUACAGCAAACAAUAUGACUUAUAGAAAACAACUCCCCUUGAAAUUUAACUCCUCAUCUUAAUUGUGAAAAUCAAAGAGCUCUAAUCAGAAAUCGAUUUUGAAAAAGUGAGAAAUCAAGUCAAUAAGAUGUUCUAACAAUUCCUGGAUAAUAACCUAAUGCACACAGUUACUGAUAUUUUGAUCCUCCUUAAAGAAUUGAGUUAGAAUAUUUCCUUGUAUCCAAUCAAUUUCAUAUUAAUGAACCAAUGGUUUCAAUUCAAGUACAACUUAAUCCUCAGGGCAUCGAAUCAGUAGAACAUAAUGAAACUAAGUAAAGACAUUCAUCCAGAUGCUCAUCGACUUUCCAUAAUUACUCAACAUCAACAACUUCAAUGA